CCAACUUGCUCGUCCUCGUCCUCGCCCCCGACGCCCUCCCCACCAACCCGCCAGAGGGGCGUCGUAUACCAUCCUCGACCACCAUGUCGGAACUCGACCAGAAAAUACAGGAUCUUUACAAGCGCAUCCAAACCGAACGCAAGGUCCUCGAGGCAUCACAGCUCCUGAGCAAGGCAACCUCCAACCCGGAUGUGCUCAGGCGUAACGACGCCAAGAUCAGAGAGGCGGAACGUUCCCUCUCUUACUUCGAGGACACCCUCAAGGACUUGCAAGCUCGCAAGCGUCAGGAAGCCCAACGAUCCUCUGGCGCCUCAUCUCCGUCAGCAUCUAGGAAGACUCCCCAUGAUAGGGACCGUUCUCUUCCCCAACUUCCCCCAGAGGACACUGAAGGCGCUGGAGGACUCGGGUCCCCAGGCUCACCGCGUGGUGGCUUCCCCGAUGACGACGCCGACGCGCCCAAGGCGAAACAAUACUCCAACCUCGACCUCAUCAAGGCAGACACUCCCCAUACGACCGCAAAGAUCUCGCGCAUGCUUCACCAGCUCGAGUUCAAGCUUCAAAUUGAAAUGCAGUAUAAGAAGAGUAUUGACAAGAUCGCGAGGCUGUACCAAGCAGACGGAGAUAAGAAAUCACGCGCUGACGCGGAAAGCAAGCGCGUGGAGAGUGACAAGAAGAUUCAGCUGCUCCAGACCGCUCUGAAACGCUACAAGAACUUGCACGUUCUGGAUGACGUUGAAGAGGAGGAAGACACUCCACAGGAGGCCGGUGUCGAUGGAGAACGCAAGGAGAACUUGCGUGCCAAACCCAUUUCCGGCAAACUUCAAGUUACCGUCAAGGGCGCUCGCGAUCUUGACCAUGCGCCGAUAGUCACUCGAUCUCGCUCAUCCUCCAAGCAAGUUACCGAGACGUACGUUUCACUUAAGAUUGAAGGCACACAAAAGGCCCGCUCCCACCCCUCUCGGACGGAUCGAUGGAACGAGGAAUUCGAAGUCGUUGUUGAUAAGGCUAACGAAGUUGAAAUUGCCGUUUAUGACAAGCAGGUCUCCGAGGCCCAUCCUGUUCCGAUUGGUCUUCUUUGGGUCAGGAUCAGCGACCUCGUUGAAGCUCUUCGUCGACAGAAGGUCAUGAACGACACGGGUCAAGGUGGAUGGGUAACUGCGGGCGCCAUGGACGGCGACUCGGCAGGUAGGCCCGGUUCACAGCAGCCCGGUGGCUUCGGAGAUCCGAACGCCUUUUCCUUCGGUGGCGCCAAUCCCGCUGGGCAAUUUGCUCAGCCUCCAGGUGCUAUGGGUGGUGGUGGUGGGGGUCAGAGUGAGGGAAUUGACGCAUGGUUUGCUGUAGAACCUGCGGGUGCCUUAGCGCUACAUCUGAACUUUGUCAAGGAGUUAGUUCGCAAGCGACCCAUGGAUGCUCCUGGCGGUCUUGGUCGUCAGGGAGCCGUGAGGAAGCGUAAGGACGAGGUGCACGAGAUGAACGGUCACAAGUUCGUUCAGCGCCAGUUCUAUCAGCUCAUGCUGUGCGCGUUCUGCAACGAUUUCUUGCUCAAUGCUCUGGGGUAUCAAUGCGAGGAUUGUCGGUACACUUGUCACAAGAAGUGUUACGAGAAAGUGGUCACCAAGUGUAUAUCGAAGUCCAAUACCGCGGGCGACGAUGAGGAGAAGAUCAACCACCGUAUUCCGCACCGCUUCGAGCCUAUCACCAACAUCGGCGCCAACUGGUGCUGUCACUGUGGUUAUAUGCUGCCUCUGGGCCGCAAGAAUUCGCGUAGAUGCACUGAAUGCGACGUUACCUGCCACGCCAACUGUGCCCAUCUUGUACCAGAUUUCUGUGGUAUGUCAAUGGAGACGGCCAACCAGCUACUGCGCGAUUGGCGCGACAUCAAUCGAGCUCGUGGUGGCAAGACUGCGGUCCCCGGUCGGCCAUCGCAUGCACCAUCCGUGACCGCCGGUCAGCAGCCCUAUCAACCGGAGAAUCUUGCCCAAGGGGUCGAACGAUUGGGUUUGGGAGGCGAUGGCCAGGUUCCUGCUGUCGACCCCUACCGUCAAGACCCACGGUAUAUGCAGCAACAGCCUUCUCCAGUGCCUCGACCGCCUCCUGGCGCACGCGUGGCUGUCCCUCCGGCGUACCCUAAUGAACCCUUGAUUCCUCCAGCCGGCCAGUCACAACGUACCUCUGCAUACGGCGAAGUGCCUAUGCAAGACGAAUACAGUAUACCUCCAUCUUCGAAACAGCCCGGUUAUCCUCAGCCUGGUGCACAGGUCAAGCCCGGGCCGCCAGGGUACCCUCAGUCACGUCCCACUCCCCCACCACAGGAAGUCGCACUUCCCGCACAAGCACCUCCUCCGCCUGCUCGGCGAAGAAAAGUUGGGCUGGACGACUUCAACUUCCUGGCGGUGCUCGGUAAGGGUAACUUCGGAAAGGUCAUGUUGGCCGAGGAGAAGGCUACAAAUGCUCUUUACGCCAUCAAGGUGUUGAAGAAAGAGUUCAUCAUCGACAACGAUGAAGUCGAGAGCACUCGUUCCGAGAAGCGUGUCUUCUUGGCUGCUGCUCGUGAGAGACAUCCAUUCUUGCUCGGUCUGCACUCUUGCUUCCAGACCGAAACCCGCGUGUAUUUCGUCAUGGAAUACGUAAGCGGGGGUGAUCUUAUGCUUCACAUCCAGCGGAAGCAGUUCUCGCUCCGCCAAGCCAAGUUCUAUGCUUCCGAGGUUCUACUUGGGCUUGAAUAUUUCCAUUCGCAAGGAAUUAUCUACCGUGACUUGAAGCUUGAUAACAUUCUCCUGACCCUUGAUGGUCACGUUAAGAUCGCCGAUUACGGUCUGUGCAAGGAGUCUAUGUUCGAAGGUGCUACCACGAGCACCUUCUGUGGUACUCCAGAGUUCAUGGCUCCAGAGAUUCUUCUCGAACAGCGCUACGGGCAGGCUGUUGACUGGUGGGCUUUCGGUGUGUUGACGUAUGAGAUGUUGCUUGGGCAGUCUCCCUUCCGCGGUGAUGAUGAAGAUGAAAUAUUCGAUGCCAUCCUCGAGGAUGAGCCUCUCUAUCCGAUCACUAUGCCGAGGGAUGCCGUCUCAAUUCUUCAAAGGCUUCUGACUCGUGACCCGUCUCGCCGUUUGGGAUCGAAGGGUGAUGCUGAGGAGGUUAAGGGGCAGCCCUUCUUUAGGGAUGUCAACUUCGACGACAUAAUGAACAAGCGCAUAGCGCCACCUUACUUCCCGACGAUUAACGGUUCUGCUGACACCAGCAACUUCGACGAGGAGUUCACGCGCGAGCAACCUACGCUCACGCCAGUACAUGGCCAGCUCACUGCGCGGGACCAGCAAGAGUUUGGUGGGUUCUCGUGGGUUGCCGAUUGGGCAAACACCGUUUGAACGGACUUGUCAUCCCCCGGUUCUAUGUUUUAUCACGAUUGCAUCCACGUGUGUUUUAUACUACCCUGUAUUCGGAUACCUUUACAAAAUUUUAUACGAUAAAGACGAUUUCCU